UCUACAGUAGGCUGAUAAAAAACGAAACAUUAGGCUACAGUGCAAACGGUCGUAAAUUCAAGAUGACAUAGAUGACAAUUAACUGAUCCUAAUAUAUGCACAUGUUUUCGAAUUCACGGGCAAGUAUGACUUUUAAUAGUUUAAUAGUUUUACUUUUUAAAACUUUUUUUGAUUGCAAAGGGUGUGUUGCUUAUUCGCCGGCAGCGUUAAUGUAGCCUAACGUUAUUGCAGUCGAAGUACGACCAUUGACAUCUCGUCCUGCAGUUUGAACUCAGCCCUAAGCUGCCAGUAAAGGCUGCGAGAGCAGGAUGGAUCCCAGAGAUUACCCAUGGCAUCGAUUUGAACCCCAGGGACCUCAGUACUACCCUCCCAGGCCUUCUUACCCACAAAGAUCCAGGGACAGGGAUGGGUACUACAGAACCGGACACAAUGAUGAUGCAUACUACCCCCACCGGGAUCCUAGAGUUAAGCAGUGGCCGGCUUUGGACCCCCGGUCUGGGAAACACGUCAUCCGUCCCCCGCCCCCGAGACCAGACUUCACACCCGAUUACUGGAGCGGCCCCGCCACUAGACCAGGCUAUGAUUCUGAUAGAACAAGUGGUCGAGCCCACUCAAGACAGGGUUAUGAGCAUCAUCCACACAACUAUUCAUCUUGGGACACCAGAGAAGACUAUGGGUAUUAUGAUCAUGGCUAUCACACAGGGCAUUACCAGCACCCAGAUGCUGUCCGAUGGACUCAGCAAGAUUACUGGGGGUCAGGGCCCUAUCAGGACCAAAGAUAUGAACAAGACUGGACUGGCACCGCCUACCCAGAUCAGUACAGAAUCAAUCAGCAAACAGACAAUGGCAACGACUUUAACAGUCCUGACAGAGACCAUGCCAGGGAAAAUGGAGAAGGUUCAGGGCAGGCCUCUCUGUAUGGAACCGGGACAUUGGCAGAGUCCAAAACCUCUGGGCUCUCCUCCAGCAGCUACGAGUUGAGCCAGUACAUAGACGGCACGGAUCAGAAUGACCUGCCCCCACAGUCUCGCUGGAGUCCCUCAAAAACAGAUGUCAGCGCUUACCCCCGGGUGGAGGCCCCGCUGAAGCACUGCCUGCCCCACGUGAGGGCCAGCUUCGGGCCCACAGGUCAGCUGGUCCGGGUCAGCCCCAGCCUGGCCUCACAGGGAGAGCCCGCCCUGGUGGAGCUCCACAGCCUCGAGAUAAUCCUUGUGGAGACUCAGGAUCAGCAAGAAUUGCGAGACUUCCCUGGGCCACUGGCGAGGGAAGACCUACACAAGGUGGAUGCAAUUUCUUUUGCCCUGAAGAGGGCAGAAUCCUGCCUGAAGGACACCUCACUGCAAGACAGUGCCUCUGCUGCCCUCCUGUGGCAACUGCUGGUACUUCUGUGCAGACAGAAUGGUAGGAUUGUGGGCUCGGAUAUCGCCGAGCUCCUGACCAGAGGCUCCCGGGCCCCGGGAAAGUGCGAUGGGGAGGUGGGUCUCUCUGACGGGCCCAGCCUCAUCGACCUGAGUGAGGACCCCACUCCUGAAACCGAGGUUCUGGAAGGGCCCGACCUGCUGACCGGGGCCCCGGCCCCGAGCAUCCAGUCCGCAGACGAGGACCUGCAGAAGUACGCGCAGCUCCUAUUGGCUGGGAGGAAGAAGGAGGCUCUGGAGUCGGCCAUGAAGAGUGGACUGUGGGGCCAUGCCCUGUUUCUGGCCAGUAAAAUGGACAACAGGUCCUACACCGCUGUGCUAAACAGGUUUACAGGAAGUUUGGCCGCCAGUGACCCCCUCCAGACUCUGUUCCAGCUGCUGUCCGGAAGAAUCCCUGCUGUUGCCACGAGUUGUCUCAGUGAGAAGUGGGGAGACUGGAAGCCUCACCUGGCGGUUAUGCUGUCCAACGAGACUGGAGAUAGCGCCCUGCACCAGAAAGCCAUCAUCACUAUGGGCGAUACUCUGGCCACCAGGGGUGUGAUGAACGGAGCCCAGUUCUGCUACCUGACAGCACGUGCCCCUUUUGGUGUUUACACCUCCAGAACAGAUAGACUUGUCCUUCUGGGAAGCACUCAUAGUUUGCCUUUCCGGAAAUUUGCUCGGAAUGCUGCAGUCCAGUGCACAGAAGUGUUUGAGUACUCCCAGAGAUUGGGAAAUGCCACUUUCUUCAUUCCUUCAUUCCAGGUCUACAAAUUUCUGUACGCCUGUCGCCUGCUGGACUAUGGUCUGGCAUCUCAGGCCUUCCACUACUGCGAAGUGAUCGGAAAGGCCCUGCUAGGGCAAGAGGUCUCUUGUGCUGUCUUGCUGGGAGAGGUCAUUAAGCUGGCUGAGAGGCUGAAGCAAUCAGAGCCGCAGUCGAGCGAUGCAGACGCACACAGUCCCACCCGGGAACCUGAGUGGCUGGCACAGCUGCGUCUCCGACAGGGGGGUCAGAUGGGGAGCUAUGGUUAUAGUGACACCAGCCAAUCAGCUGCUGAAGAAAAUGCAUUAGCAAACCAGGAGAAUGGAGUGUACCCAGAUCCCUAUGCAGAAGAUCAGGAGUUCCCUACAGGUGGAAUGGUAGAUGACGUCCAGCCACCAGAUACUCUUUGCCCACAGUUUGAAGGUGCCAUAGAACAGCAGGUUUCCCAUCCCUGGCCACAGCAGCCCAUCUGGCAAGCGCACAGCCAGCCUGCAACACUCCCAGUAGUCGGAGGACAGCAAUACAACCACCAGUUUGAUCAUAGCACAUACCCACCAACUGCACCUCUGAAUCCGCCACUUAACCAUCACCCCUUGGCUUGUCAAGGGGAUGAGAUUCAGCUUUGCACAGUGGGGGAUCUGCAGUUGAAUGGGCCGGAGCCAAUCACAGAGGGGGAGGGAGGGGGCAACCAUCUGACAGCCAACCAGGACAGGAAGGCUGAAGAGAAGAACAAUUUGCAGCCUGAGAAGAGCACUAAAUCAGGAUGGUUUAGUGGUUGGUUCAAGUCAAAGCCUCAUGACGUCCAGAAGGUGGGCAGUGAGGAUGCUGCUCUUGCCCCUGGGGUAAAGGACACCCCAGCACCUCCUCUCUUCUCCACCCCUCCCCCAUCAGCCACCAUUCCAGCCAUGUUUCCUCCUCCACCUACGUCCACAGGGAUUAACCCAUUCUCCAAAAAGGCUGGGAGGCCGCAGUCUGCAAUGCAGGGUCAAGUUCCGUUCCCCAGCUCCACCUCCAUGGGCCUCCCUUAGGACCUUUUCCUGUUUAUGUUUUUUGGCAAUACUCAAAGAAGCCGGGUAACAGGAGGAAACCUGGCAAGAGAAUUUGAUCAACUUGAAGCUGAUGGCACCCUUCAGCCAGGAGCUUGUCGCUCAGCCAACGCUCUGUAUAUCUUUUUCUGGAUCACCCCACGGGCCCCCAGUACCCCCUCAUCAGCAUUGCGUGGUUACAAAAAUACACGGGAUGCGCUAGGCCCAUCAGUGGGGUUUUAAGGUCAUGUUAUCCGUCACGUUCGAUUCGCUGAAGAACCUCGACAGCUGAGGCGGGGCGUGACGGAAAAAACACGGCCUGCCAUAAAAACCGCCACCAAAGGUUUUUUUCGUUUCGCAUAAUACGUACUUCGCCAAAGAACAGCUGAUGCCUUUUACAGAAAUGUAUAUGUGUUAAUGGUGUGUUGUGGAAUGCCCGGAGGUUCACAAUCUGGUUUAACACUUUGUCCGUUUAUUUCAGGUCACACGCACUAAAACAUUCAGUAUAUAGAAAGUAUAGUAUCUAGAAGUAAAGGCCUGGUGUAAUGCAGGGUUUCUGUCGGAUGCCGCCACGUUGUUAAGUUCGCAUUGAGGACAGUGUCUGCUCAGACAGCAUUUAUAUAUUUACAGUAACCGCACUGACGAGAUCCUGUUACACUAUGCUGAUUCGCUAAAUUGAAUCCAAAAAUAAAUCCAAUCCAACCUGGAAGGUGCCUAGUGGAGAAGUUUGAUACACACACAUCAUUAAAAUUAAAACAUUUAUAUGGCACUUAAAGUGUAUGUUCAGGAUUGAUUGUGGUACAAUAUAUUUCAGCAAUAACUCACAAGAGGCGGUGAAAUAUUGGGGGCUUUGUUCCACCCCAUGUGCAGCAUUGUUCAUUUUUAACAAUUUGAUUUUACGGAGUGCAUAAUUGAAACUGUAAACACGCAUUGGAAGUCGUAGCAGUGAUAUAUCAUUAUCUUAUCUAGUUGUUAACCAAUCAGAUUUCGAGAUUUGUCUUGCCGUUUUAGAAAAAUAUAUUGUUGUUAAUGAGGCAGUGUAGUUUAUAUCUAUAUCGUAAUGUUUCCUGCAAAUUAAUUGUGCUGUGUGAUGCUCAAUAUGAACCUUUAACAGUAUUUUAUUUAUUCAAUGAAUGCCACUUAUGAACAUGCAUAUAUAGAAAUAAGCUCACUCAUUUUAAAAAUAAGCACAAAUUCCUAUUUCUCAAGUGGUUUUUGUUUUGGUGACUGAUGAACAAUGAUGAACAACUGAUGUGCAAUCAAUACAUUUUUGUCAUGUUCAGUUUUAAAUGACUGAAGAAUUAUGUAGCCAGAAAUCUAUUUUAUUUUUAUUCAGUUUUAUAUAUUCCUUUUGUAUUGUAUUGGAUUGACAUAUUUUAAUGGAAAAUGUCAUAUUUUUUAAUCUUGCCGUCUCUGCUUUCAGUUAAUUUAUGGUUUAUAAAAUACAGAAAUGCAACCCAA